AGCACAAGUGGAACCCCCACCCCUUCUCAAGCCCGGUUUUAACGCUCCUUACUCUCUUACCCUCGUCUUUCCCCUCCCCUAUUCUUAGUUCGCCUCUCUCUCUCUCUCUCUCUCUCUCAUUCAGUGCAAGCAAGGCAUUAAAACCCAGAUAUUUUGUCUUCAGAGAGAGAAGCCCAGCGUUAGUUUGUGGUGUGUUAUUUGUUCGUUGUAAAGAGAUAAGAGAUAGAGAGGAAAAGAGAUAUAUAGGGAGAAACAAGAGAAGAAAGUAUGGGGAAUUGCCAGGCGGCGGAGGCGGCGACGGUGGUGAUCCAACACCCAAGUGGGAGGGUGGAGAGGGUCUACUGGUCUCUGAGCGCCAGCCAAGUCAUGGCCGCGAACCCCGGCCACUACGUCGCCGUUAUCAUCACCUCCACCGCCACCUCCUCCGAUGGCAGCAGCAACGCCCCGGUGAAGCAUCUUAAGCUGCUCCGCCCUGACGAUACCCUCCACAUCGGCCACGUCUACCGCCUCGUUAGCUUCGAAGAGGUGCUGAGAGAGUUUGCGUCCAAGAGGCACGUCAAGCUGAGCCGGUUGCUCGUCAAGCAAAAGGAUAAGCCCAGCUCGAGAAGAGCAACCACUGGCGGCGGCGGCGGAGGAGGAGGAGGAGACCGAGAACGACGGCGAGGUGGUGGUGGUCGGGUGGCGGAGCCAGAGAGCUCGCCGACGAUGGUGGCGUUGACGUGGGAUGGAUGGUAUUUGUCUCUGCUGCAGCCUCAGGUGGUGGAGUCGCCGGAUAGGGUGGAGGCGGAGUUCGAGGAGUUGGUGCAGAGGUUGGCGAGCAAUAGAAGAAGUAGCAGUGGGGUGGUGGCACGCCACGGGCAGUGGAGGCCAGCCUUGCAAAGCAUCGCAGAGUCUGGGAGUUAAAAAUCUCACUCACUGCCUUUUCUCGUUCUCUCUCUAGUUCCAAAUUAAUAAUAUGGAACAGAUGCCUUUCUCUCUUCUUUCUGCUAUGUUUUGUUUUAAGAUCUGUACUUAAACUUUAUUGUGUAUUAAAUAUUCUGAUGACAGAUUAGUUUCUCAGUGGUUUGAGACCUGUCAUUCAGUUCAGCAGA